ACAAUGCUUUAUUGUUAGCAGGGAGCGUGGCUGCAGGAGCUGGGCACCCCUGCAUGGUUGGAACCCUGAGCAGCAGCAGCAGCAGCAGAGCACAGCAGCAGGAGCCAUGUCUCUGCCCUUCCGAAAGGAGCUGGAGAAGUACAAGAAUAUCAACGAAGAUGAAAUACUCAGCAAGCUCUCAGAGGAUGAACUGAAGCAGCUAGAACACGUUCUCGAUGACCUUGAUCCUGAGAAUGCCCUGCUUCCAGCGGGAUUUCGGCAGAAGGACCAGACCACGAAAGCUGCCACGGGCCCCUUCGACAGAGAGCGCCUGCUCUCCUACCUGGAGAAGCAAGCUCUGGAGCACAAGGACAGAGAAGACUUCGUACCCUUCACAGGGGAAAAGAAAGGAAAAAUAUUUAUCCCUAAAGAAAAGCCUGUAGAGACCCGCACAGAAGAGAAGGUGACCCUGGAUCCAGAGCUAGAAGAGGCCCUGGCCAGUGCUUCCGACACCGAGCUCUAUGACCUUGCAGCUGUUCUUGGAGUGCACAACAUGGUCAACAACCCAAAAUUCGAUGAAGCAGGAGCCCGUGGCAAAGAUGGAAAAGGAAUUGUGAGAAAUGUGGUGAAAGGUGAAAAGGUCAAGCCCAUCUUUGAGGAGCCACCUAAUCCAACCAAUGUGGAAGCAAGUUUACAAAGGAUAAAGGCAAAUGAUCCUGGUCUCACAGAAGUUAAUCUCAACAACAUAAAGAAUAUUCCUAUUCCAACACUGAAAGAAUUUGCAAAAGCUCUGGAAUCCAACACACAUGUGAAGACAUUCAGUCUUGCAGCUACUCGAAGCAAUGACCCCGUAGCAAUUGCAUUUGCAGAUAUGUUGAAAGUGAACAAAACACUGAAGAGUCUGAAUGUAGAAUCCAACUUCAUCACUGGGACAGGGAUUUUGGCACUGAUUGAUGCACUGAAAAAGAAUGAAUCCCUAACAGAGAUUAAAAUUGACAACCAGAGGCAGCAGCUUGGGACAGCUGUAGAGAUGGAGAUUGCCAAGAUGCUGGAGGAGAACUCCAGGAUUCUCAAGUUUGGAUACCAGUUCACAAAACAAGGUCCAAGAACCAGGGUAGCAGCAGCUAUCACUAAAAACAAUGAUCUGGUUCGGAAGAAGCGGGUGGAAGGGGAGCGGCAGUAGCCACAGCACCAGGACACCAGGCAGCACUGGAGCCACCACCACUGCAGUCCCAGAGUGCUCACUGCUCAGGAGGGAUGGCACUGGAAAACUGUUACCAUGGGAGUUGCUGAUUUCUGUUAAUGUCUCCUUUUAACCUUGAAAACAGAGCCUGCUCAUUUUUAAUUUUCACGGUUAAUUUAAUUCUUAUGAGAAAGGUUCAGAGGUGGUUUGAUUUUAAUGAAGAAAAUGGUUUGCAGUAUCUGAAGCCAAUAUGCAUCUUAACUGUGUUACUGAGCAUAACAUAUAGUGACUCUGACCCUUAUUUUAGACACUUUUUGAUAUGUAAAAAUAUGACCUUGUAUAUGGAUAAGGGAUUCUCUGCUGAAAAUAGAAACUUUAGGGCCAAGUUCUGCAAUGCCUUAUGUUUGUGAAUAAUCCUUACUUAUGUGUAUAGUCCUGCUGAACUGAAUCCUGCAAUGGGCUGCUCCCAGGAGUAGAACUAGUGAUGCCAGUACAGGUUUGCAGGUUCACACCCCUGAGCCUCUCUCCUGCAGGGAUCUGGGCAGCUGGAACCACCUUGGAACAGCUCCUGUCUCCCUUGUUGGGUCUCCACCCGUCCAGCUCCCUGUGCAGGAUCACGCCUAGACGUAUAAACUUUGUCAAAGCGUACUUGUUUACAUAAGCUUAGGUUAGGUGGAUCAUUUUGCAAUGUUACACUGAUGUUUUUUAUUCUUACUCCACAUUGUAAAAUAAUAUUAGUGUUGCCAAUCCUGUAGACGUUGAAUGUUUUGGGUUUUUUUCCUAGGCCAACAAGUUUUUGUUUGCUACUAGAAUGCACAGUUUACAGCCAGUGAUCUUAACCUAAACAAGUAUUCUGAGCAAUAUUUGUUUUGCUUUGAGCCAUGAGUUUGACUUUUUUUAGUUCUGUAUUUAUGUACCUUUGUUAGCAUGUUCUCAGGAUCUUUUAGAUGAAUAUUAAUUAAAUACUUUAUCCAGGAGAGCCACUGUGCUACCAGGGAAAGACAUUAAAGGGGUAGUUUUGACAGCUACAUGACUGACAUUUAUAUGCUGCAGCUGAGGUUUGUUCCUGUAUCACAAGGCACAUGAGUAUUCGUGCCAGUGUUUAUCUGAAUAAGGGCAGAUUUAAGCACAUGCACAAAUGCUUUGCUAAAUCCUGGCCUUAACUUACAAGCACUCACAAAGCAGCAGCUAAACCCAAUGCUCAACAGCGUUGAAAUUUCAGUAAGAAUUCAGUCUGAUGUUUCAUCUUGUGUAUUUCACCAUCUAAAACUACUCUCUACCAGAGUUGUAUCACUGCCAACAGCUGACUGACAGCCAGAGGUUCAUUUGGCUCCACGUGCACGUGCUGUGAGAGUCAAGGGACGCUCAGGUCAGAUGUGUCACACACCCCAAGCUUUCAGGAAGCUGCAGAAAUGCUCCUGCAGCCAGCACUGUCACCCGAGGCACACUGGCCCCUCUGAGACAGGGAUGAAGCACUGCUGGCUCGGGCAGUGCCGGACACCACAGCCACUGCAGGAUGCUCCUGAGCCAGCAGGGACUGCUGUGGGGCUCUGGGAGCAGAGACCUGGGGAUGCCUGGCACGGCUCCCUGAGCGAUGUUUUCACCUUGCUGAGCUGUGAGCUAACAGGAUGAACCCUCCCUCUGUGCCUUUUGUAAGGAAAUGAGAAGGUCCAAGGCAAUGCUCUUCCUGUUGGAUACUGGUCUUUGUAUGGGGUCCAAAGUGAAUAACACUCACUGAAAUCCCACUUAAAAUACUUGGCUAAAGCAGUCUGCUGAGCUGGGAUAUGAAGUGCAGUAGCCACAGUUUACUUCCCCAAGAAGUCUCUACAAUUUAUCUUCCUCCCAGUCUUUACAAUUUCCACUUCUUCUCUUCCUCAAUAAACAGAAACUUUUGCUUUGCAAGUAAAAAACAAAACACACAGGGGAGUCUUGCUAAGGUUUUCCCUGGAUCCGUGCAGGAUUUGCUGUGAAAAAACUUUGAUCUCCCAUUUUAAAAAAAAUUACAAGUUCUGUAAUACAGUCAUAACUCUGCAUGGGCUUAAAUAGAAUCCUUAAAAGCAUUUGGAUUACCAGGGGAAUACUGGGCUUUACACCAUGAAGUUUCAUGGGUGGGAAGAAUCCUCAUCCACAACACCUAAAGAUUAUGUUACUGAUAACCUCCAGUGACAGAAAUCACUCUCCCCUAAUUUCUUGGUUUUUUUCCUUUGAUCCAGCCAAGGGAAUCCCAAUUAUCCGUCAAUUGUUUGAAGAUUUUUUAAUGAUUGUUUUUUCUUUAUUAAUGAAUGGUACGUAUCUGUGUUCAAGGGAAACAAGUGCAAUCCAUUUCUAGUCUUAGCUGCCAUUGACAGUGUUGGUAUUUGCAUGCAGCAGUCUCACAAGGAUGGGCUGGUCUGACUGCUUGAUGGUGUCUGCAGCAUGUCCUGUAUAGCUUUGCUCAGAGCCACACACGUGCUGACCCAGUCAGGUGAGUUUUGCAGCCCCAGUUUGCACCAGGACCGAGGUACCUGGCUGGGGAAGGCCCUGUGGGCUCUCCAUCCCUCCAUCUGCCAUGCCCUCUGCACAGCCACGGUUCCUCUGCAGGAGGAGCCCCAGCCUGGAGGGGUCAUCUCCAGCACCAGCCCCACCACGGGCAAGCAGACAGGGCCAGAGCUGUGCACCCCAUGGCCAGGACCUGGGAGCCUGGCUCCUUCCAGCAUGUGUGGGGAGAGCUCCAGUCCCUGGCUGUUUUCUGCAGGCAGCUCCCCUGCCAUGGGGCUCAGUGACCAGAGAUGUCUUUGUUCUGCCUCUUCUGUGUGCUCCACACAAGGCCUUGGUUGUCACCAGCCCUGAGUGUCACAGGUCAGACAUCACAACAAUAUAAAAUCUCUUGGAUGCAACAACAGCACACAGUGGUGAUGCUUGGAGGCAUAUUUUCAUACUAAUACAGGAUUAUUUAGCUGGUUAAAAAUCUCUGCAACUAACAUGAAGGGGGGCAGGAUGUGACCAGUUAAUUCAUAUCCUACUUUCAGACAACAUCUGGCAUUGUCAAUGCUGAAUGGGGAACAAGGACAGAAGAGUCCCUUUUUCUUAAGCAAACAUUCAGGAGUAACUAUUUUUGCACAUUGCUUCUCGUGUUGACUGCUUCAGUUUGGUUUGUAUUUUUUAUACAGGUUUUUCAUGGAAAAGCUCAACUUUGUGCGUGUCCUAACAUCCAUGUGAAGUGUAGUGUGCACUGAGGGCCAUAUGUGUACAUGUAUAAAUAAAUGACGAUGUUAGCUCUGGAACAAAAGUAAUUGCAUGCGCACGGUGUGGUGCAUAUUACUCAAGAGGAAGAGAAUUACCACGCUAUGUAACAGUGACUCCCCAGCGUUGUGGUUUUUCUAAAUAAACCUUCACAAAGGAUUUGGA